AUGGCUUCGACGCUUCCCCACCUCCCCAUCUUCGAGGCGAUCUCCAAGCAUGACCCCGAAAGCGUCGCCAUCGUCCAUAGUUCGACAGGGCAAGAGUUUCGGUAUGGGAAGCUAUUGCAAGACGUUGUGGCUGCGAGAAAUGAGAUUACACAGAGAAACGAGAAGGGUGCUUUCGAGGGGGAGCGGAUAGCGUUCCUUAUGGAGAACAGCUACGCGUAUGUGGUCACCAUUCUGUCGAUAUUCGCAUGUAAUGCCAUAGCUGUUCCGCUUUCUCCUGGUUUCCCGGGCUCCGAAUUGCGGUAUAUAUUAGAACAAAGCCAGGCGAAGCUGAUUAUGACAUCCGAGUCACUGAGGUCAAAGGCGCCGAAUAAGGAGACAGUGGAAGGACACGCGACGUGGGAAACAAGGGUAGCGAAGGACUAUGGGUCCAUAAGAUCUGAAUCGGGCGACAUAGAGCUCGAACACCUGAGCUCCAAUUCCGGAGGCUUGAUGUUAUAUACAUCGGGGACGACAAAUCGACCCAAAGGAGUACUCUUGCCUCAAUCCGCGGUUACCGCCCAAUCACAAACGCUUCUCGAGGCGUGGAAGUAUUCUCCGAAAGACUACCUGCUCCAUAUCUUGCCGCUCCACCAUAUCCAUGGCCUCGCCAACGCAGUUCUCACGCCCCUUUUCGCUGGGUCAACCAUCGAGUUCAUGUCUCCCUUCUCCGCCCAAACUUGCUGGGAAAGAAUCGGAGCUCCUUUUACGAGCGAAGGAACAAAGAAACGACCGAUUACAUUCUUCACAGCUGUGCCAACGAUAUACACUAGAUUAUUAGAGUCACAUCCGAACCUCCCAGAGGAUCUUCAACAAGCUACUAGAAGGGCGAUUUCGCCAGAGAAUUUGCGUUUGAAUAUCUCAGGAUCCGCGGCGCUCCCGACACCGGUGAAGUCGAAAUGGACGGAGCUGAGCGGAGGAAACGUCCUGCUCGAGCGAUAUGGCAUGACAGAGAUUGGGAUGGGACUAAGUUGCGGCCUUGAUAUCAAUGACCGUGUUGAUGGGAGCGUUGGGUGGCCUUUUGCAUCCGUCGAAGCCCGUCUUGUCGAUACGGACACAAAAGAAGUCAUCCCGGUUGGCGAGGAGCUGGGCGCAGAUGGAAAGGAACGUCAAGGGGAAAUUCAGAUCCGCGGACCAAUGGUAUUCAAGGAGUACUGGCGGAAUCCAGAGGCGACUGCCACCGAGUUCACGACCGAUGAAGACGGCAAGGGUCCAUGGUUCAAGACCGGGGAUGUCGCUGUCCGCCGCGUCGUCGAAAGCGCGGGGAAGAGUGCGCAGGACUGGGCAAAGGGACCGAUGUAUUUCAUUCAGGGGAGACAGAGCGCGGAUAUCAUUAAGACGGGGGGUGAGAAGGUCAGUGCUCUAGAAGUUGAGCGGGAGAUGCUCUCAUUGCCGCAGAUCGCCGAGUGUGCGGUGGUUGCCCUCCCCUCGGACGCAUGGGGCCAGAAAGUUGCGGCGGUCGUUGUCCUGACAGAACAGGGGAAGACGGCCGGACGAGGCGGCAAGGCUUGGAGCGCACUCGAUUUGCGAAGAUCUUUGAAAGAUCGGUUGGUUAACUACAAGAUCCCACAAGAGAUGAAAGUGGUGGAGAGUAUACCAAAGAACGCGAUGGGAAAGAUAAAUAAGAAGAUGCUCGUCAAAGAGAUAUUCCCUAGCGCUACGAGUUAA